CAUUUUAUCUGAAGAAGAAUAAAUGCCGAAAGCUUAGAAAAGCGUUUGCUUUUAUUUAACUGAUUAUAUAUUAUUUUCUCAUAUUCCAGUCGUACGUAUUACAAUCUUACAUAUAUAUCUUCAUAUUUUAUAUGUGUGUUAGCUGCAAGCUUUAUUUUGAUUGGCGAGCUUAUUACACAUUUUACAUAGUCGUAUUAACUGUAUAUGUAUACAGUACAAGGGACAUUUUAGAUAAAGAUUCAUCGGACUGAUCGUAAACGUUAUGGUGGUAUGACGAUAUUUUUUCCUGCCAUUAAAUUUUUGAUAAAUAACGUUUGAUACAACUUAGGUAUUAGAUAAUGCGCUUGCAAUCUUUUUCCUUGUGCCUGAGAUAAGGCUGAUAAUUAUCCAUUUUGUCAUAUGAUAUGCUUCUGUCUACGUUUUUUUUUUAACCAAUCCAUUAAAAGUAGACUUCGUUCAUGCUUGUAAUGUAUUCUUUUAAAUAUACGAGUCCAAUACUUCGAGAUAAUUACGCUAUGAUAUGAGGAUGUUGCAGAGAAAGGGAACAUAUGAAUUAUAGAUGUCACGUAUUUGUGAUUAUUAUGUGUCUAAUUAAUGAAAAGAAAAUUAUAUGACGACAUAGAGCAUGAAAGUUGAAAAUGCGAAGAAAAAAAAUAAUUACACCUUUUAUUAUUAUCUUUGGAUUACAGCUACUUUCUGGAAUAUGCUACGUUGCGGAAGAUCCAAAUCAAAAGAAAGAGAAUUAUAGAAAUAAACAAGAGGAAAAGUGUUUCCCUUCGAAUGACAUAAUUGUGAAUAAUACAAAAAGGUUUGAUAUACUAUAUAAAGCAUGUAGACAUUUAGGCUAUUCUGAGGAUGUAAAUUUAACGAAUAUAAGGGCACAUAUGUCACCAAACCUAAAGCUUUUGUACUGUAGAGUUAAUAAAUGUGCAUCCACAAUGACACUUGAAUUACUUAAACAGUUGUUUAGCUGUGAUACAGAAUGCUUAAUACAAAAUGCUGAACGUGUUCGUCUAAAUGUUAACGCAAGACAGGUGAUGAAUGAUGCAUUUUCAUUUAUGGUUGUUCGUGAACCUUAUGGACGUUUGUUUUCCACUUACUGCAACAUUUUCUAUUUUCCAAAGGAAGAUUGGCUUUACAGAGGAACUAAACUUAUUAAACUUACACGAUUAAAUAUUUCAAAUGACAGUCUUUUGUAUGGGCAUGAUUUAUCUUUUUCUGAAUUAGUAAAAUAUACUGUGGACACAUUUGAAAUCGGUGACCGUUUGGACGAACAUGUGCGACCAAUGCAUCAUAAAUCAUGUAAUCCAUGUUCCUUUAAGUUUGAUUAUAUUGUACAUCUUGAGACCUUACAAAACGACUUUGAUUUCAUUUUUAAUAAACUACAGGAAGAAACAGUAGAAAUGUAUAAAAAAGAUAUCGUAAUCUCCUUGAAAAAAUGGACUACUUUAGGACCGAUAAAGCAUUUAUUCAAAACUAUUCCUUUGUUGAAAGGUUCUAAUAUAUCUAUGUAUGAUGUGUACCUGCGUGCGUGGUGUUAUUACCAGAUAACAGGUCAGGUUUUAAAAACAAUCAACUUCCCAUAUAACGAAAGCGAUCUGAUUGACAUUAAAAAAGAAGAUUUUUUAAGACAGCUGACGAAAGCGAUGAAUGUAUCAGCGGUUUAUAAAGAUAAAUUAAAAUUACAGAGAGCGGAAGCGAUGAUUCAAGCUUAUUCAACAAUAUCUGAUGAAUAUAUGGAGCGAUUAAGCAAUGUCGUUUUAGGCGAUUGUCUUUUAUUUGGAUAUGACAACAAACCGGCACAUAUAUUUGAUAAAAUUAGUUGUUUACAGAAAAAUUCAAAAUUUGAUUAUUUCAAGGGUUUGUGAAUCAUUUAAGACAUUUUGGUCAAUGCAAGUGGAGUGUUAAGAAUAUUUAAAGCUACUGUAAUUUUCAGUACCAUAGAAAGAUGAUGUAUGAACAUCUAUAAAUGAUUUAGAUUAAUACUAGCAUAGUGCAUAAUGUUUGUUUAUUUUUGUUAGUAUGAUAGCUGAUAUAAAAACGUUAAAUUUUUAAAACAAGCAAGCAGAUAAAAAUUCGUAUAAAGUCCGAAAACAGUUGUACUUUUUGUUGCCCAUAAUUAUCUCACAGUUUCUUUUGCUAUAAUAAAUUCAAAUCACUUUCAUUUUUCUUAUCUCCCAUGAACAGGGACUCAUUUUGGCCGGAUCAUUUCUUUCUUAACUUUUGUUUUCAUUGACCUCGAUGGUCAGUGAAAUGUUACACCAUUCUCUAUAGAUAAGAAAACAAGUAAAAUGGUUCUGCGGGGAACAUUUUUAAUGAUUUAAAGAUAUUUCAUUUAACUAUUUUCAACAUUGUUUGGGGGAAAAAUUAAAAGAAAAUUAACGUUUGUAUCAGGAAUAUAGUUGACAAAAAUCGAUCAUUAGAAGAAUGUCUUGGCCUUGGUCGAAAAUAAUUUAAGAAAAUGAUUAAAUACCAUUGUAUGAAUAAUUCCUUGCAAAAAAUAAUAAAAUAAAGUAAACACACAAGUUUACGCAGAAAAUAUCUUUAUCUAUUUUGGCAGAUGCCACAAACGAAUGUUUUAAUUCUGUGGAUUUUCACUAUAAACAAUUUAUUGUUUGUAAAAUUUCAGAUAGAUAUUAAAGAAACAUUGAUAAUAUUUUCAAACACAUUAUGCAAGUUUUUCCAUCUUAACCGUUAAAAUAAUAAUAGAAAAUUAGAAAUAUCACGUAAUAGUGAUAUGUUCUUAAUUAGGUGUAAUUCGGACGAAUUCCCUAGCAUUGUGUACAUCGGUCAUUUGAGAGACCGGUGUGUAUACAAUGAUUCCCUAGAGGUAAAUCCGUAACGUACCGGGAAACUAGGUUUUCGAAUAGGUCAAUUAACCAAUCAUGUACGGUUUACAGAUCACAUGCUCCUCCAUGUACCGAAAACAGGUCACGUGCUCCUCCAUGCCUCAAAAAUUA